AUGAAGGUUCCACACUCCCUCCUAACCCUAUACUCUGAGGGCGAUGACACAUAUUACUUCGUGCCAUCAGAGCCAACUGGCCCCCGCCAUCUUGUCGUACACAGAAAUUCCGGCGAUAUCUCUCUGGGUGACCCAGAUGCGAGGGUACCUGUAACCGCGAAGCGAUACCCUAAGCCAAUCUAUGGCAUACUGGGCACAAUCUCCCUAACACUCGCCGAGUAUAUUAUCGUGAUCACCGAGCGCGAGCUCAAGGGCAAACUUCUCGGUCAUGCCGUUUGGCGCGCAACUAAAUUCGACCUACUACCGAUUGAGCCCAACGCUUCUGUAUCAAGCCCUGCUCACCCAGCCGAGGCACAUCUACUCGCCCUGGUCAAGACCCACCUGAACGACGGAAUAUUCUUGUACAGCUAUACUUUCGACAUCACGAGGAGGCUGCAGGCGCAAUGGGUUGCACGAGAAAGGGACGAGGGAAAGGCUAGUUGGGAGGUGGUCGACGACCGUUUCUUCUGGAACAAGUUCUUACAGUCGAGGCUCAUGGAUAUCAGCAUGACGAACCCUCAGAACGAUUUGAGCCCGUUCAUCUUGCCCAUCAUCAAUGGAUCGUUCGACAUACGCACAACAACGAUCAAUGGCCGCAACAUCACCCUCUGCCUCAUCUCCCGCCGCUCCCGUUUCCGCGCUGGCACCCGCUACUUCCGCCGCGGCGCCGACGCCUCAGGACAUGUAGCCAACUUCAACGAGACCGAGCAGAUCGCGCUCGUCUCCUCCCCCGGCAUCGCCGAGGAUGUUCAGACUACGCUCUCCUUCGUGCAAAUCCGCGGUUCAGUACCCGUGUUCUGGGCGGAGGUCAACACACUCCGCUACAAACCCGACCUGGUCGUCAUGGACAUACCUGGUGCUACCGAGGCUGCGCGCAGGCAUCUUCAGGAGCAGGUUGCGCUGUACGGUGAUACAAGUCUAGUCAACCUCGUCGACCAUAAAGGACGCGAGAAUCACGUUAAGGAGGCGUACGAGCGCGCGGUGGCGCCGGGCGAGAAAGCUGCGCUCGAGAAAGUCGCGUACCACUACUUCGACUUCCACAACGAGUGCAAGCAUAUGCGUUGGGACCGUAUCUCGCUCUUGGUGGACUCCCUCGCACAGGACUUGGAGAGGGACGGGUACUUCCACGUCACAGCCGGGGAGCCGGAUCCCUUUCACUGGCAGCUGGGCGUCGUGCGCACGAACUGCAUGGACAACCUCGACCGUACAAACGUCGCUCAAGCCGCAUUCGCCAAGUACACCCUGAACCGCCAGCUACGAUCAGCGGGCGUAUUCAGGCCGGAUGACGACGUGGACCGCUACGCCGAUCUGUCCCAAGGCUUCCGCGAGCUCUGGUCCGAUCACGCCAACUUCAUCUCCGAAGCCUACGCCGGCACCGGUGCGCUCAAGACUGACUUCACGCGCACGGGACGCCGCACAAAGGGCGGUGCGCUCGAGGACGGAAAGAAGAGUAUCAUGCGAUACGUGAAGCAGAACUUCUUCGAUGGGGCGAGGCAGGACGCGUAUGACCUUAUCACGGGCAACUGGAUCCCGAGGAGAUCCCCUGCUACGGCGGCAUUCUUGUUGAGCGACGAGAGGCCGUUGGUCAUUAGGGCUAUACCCUAUGUCCUUGGGUUCUCGCUAUUUAUGAUAUUCGCGGGGUUGACGCUUCCGCGGACGAGCGACUACUCGCUCAUAUACUACUUCGCAUGGUGGAUCCUCGUCUUUGUUGCAUGCCUCGCCUUCGUUUUCACCUACGGCGUCGACUACGUGAACUGGCCACGCCUUCUCCCACCGACUGACGUCAUCCACUACGCAGGCCCGGGCCACCGCAGUGCGCGCAACGGAAUGGGCCUUGGCAUCCCGAUUGACGUCGGGGCGCUCAAGGAGGGUGCAGCAGCCAAGUGGAUGGCCCGCGGCCCAGCCAUGCGGAGGCGCGAUAAGUGGAUGGAGGAGCUUGAGCUUGGCAAGGCGCAUCGGGACUGA